AUGAAAAGGCAACAGAUUUUGACCGGUUUCUUGGCUAAGAAACCAAAACGUGAAGAACAACCAGCAGAAGUGGAACAAGAACCAUCCCCAGCGCCACAAGCACCACCACCUGAAACCGAACUAAAUAGCAAAGCAAGUAUGGAGUCACCCGCUGCACCUGAAAUCGGAAUCAUUCUUCCUGACUGCUGGACCUUGCAACAGUACAACUACUUCCAAGAGAAAUAUGAUGGCUUAGAAGUUUCAGACAGGAAGCUAGGUUGUAAAUAUUGUGUGAAACAUGGCUUCGCAAUGGAGAGCAGUAUUCAUGUAAGCAAAGAGUGGAAGCUUUUCAAGAUACAGCCAGCUGGGAAAAGCAAGGAAGUGCACCAGGCGUCUCUACGGAAGAAAAUGAGAGAACAUGUCUUAUUGAAAUCACACACCAUUUGUAGAGACAACGUCAAACAAGCUGAGCAGGAAGCCAUAACAAAAGCAAUGGACAAGAUUUCUGAAACUCAAUUUGCCACCACUUCUAGAAUGUUCAAAACUGUUUACAGCCUGGCAAAAGCAUGCAGACCAAUUUCAAGCAUCGAAGAAUUGAUAGAGCUACAAACAGAAAAUGGAGUUGAUCUGGGAGUAUGUCUGCAUUCAAGACCAACAGUUGUCAAAAUAGUUGAGUUCAUCGCAAAUGAAAUCAAAACCCAAAUGUUUUCCAGCAUCAUUGCACAGAAUCUGAAAGUAUGUCUGAUCAUCGAUGAAGCCUCAACAGUAUCCUGCAAGCCAGUUUUGAGCAUUUUCCUGAAAGUUGAGGACUCAGAGGACCCACCAACAAUUUUUGUCGAGCAGGUUGAAUUGAAGAAACAAGAUGCAGAGACAAUAAGUUCUGCAGUUUUUGAAAGUUUACAUAAGGUUGGAUUUACCUGGGAAUACCUACAAAAAAAUCUAAUAGCGUUCUGCUCUGAAGGUGCCAGCAUUAUGCUUGGGAGAAAAUCUGGAGUGAGCACCAGACUAGCCAAAGAGUUUCCAAACAUCAUCAUAUGGCACAGUUUGAACUAUCGCCUCCAACUUGUUUUAGAUGACGCCAUAAAGGAAAUAAAGCAAGUUAAUCAUUUUCAAAUUUUCAUUGAUAAGAUAUGCUCCAUUUUCCAGCAAUCGAAUAAAAGCUGGAUAGAACUCGAUGAAAUAGUAGAAGAACUUGAGAUUAACAUCAUAAGGAUUGGUCGGGUUUUUGGGCCAAGACGGGCUGGCUGUAGUUUAAGGGCAACCAUAGCUAUGUGGCGCGCCUAUCCUGUACAUCAAUAUUUUCAUGUGAAUGUUAAAUACUCGGGUAUGGCUGCCCGUCUGGAAAAUAAACAUUUCUUAAAUGAUUUGACGUUGAUGAUAGACAUUUUGGGAGAAAUUUCAAUUCUGUCAACUGCACUGCAAGCGCGCAAUACAGACAAAAUAAAAGCUGAUAAACUAGUGAGAAGAGCAAUUAAGGCAUUUGAACUGCUAACAAAGGUAAAGGGGCCAUACGAAAGGAAAGUUGAAGAACUAAUUACCUCAGAAAGCUUCAAGAAUAUAAAGUUCAUAGAAAAUCAUCAAUUUGUUGGUCUUCAACGAGAAAGACUUUUACAAAGUAUCAUCAAAAAUUUGCAUAAACGACUGAUGGACUGUGAGCAUUUAAAAACUGGGAACCAACUGCAAGACACCACAAAUAAGCUACAGUUUCUACAGUUUUUGGUGCCAGAUUACUGGGAUGUUGAGGAAAUAGUCGUUCCAUGGGCAACAGGUGAAGAACAACUGCGCACAUUUAAUGACAUUUUCAACUACCAAAUUGACAUCAAUGACUACAGAGAUUUUGUGGAAAAUGUCUUGAAAGAUUCGAAGAGGCAUGCAAUUCCUGACAGUAUAAAAAAAGCAAAAGAUAUUGUCAGAACAAUUGCAGUGAGUUCUGCAGAAGCGGAAAGGGGUUUUUCCAAAAUGAACCUGAUAUACUCAGAGAGCAGAAGUCGCCUUGCUGUUUCCAACCUAAACAACCUCAUGACCAUCAGCGUUACUGGACUACCUCUUCCAAAAUGGGACCCUAUUCCCGCAGUAAAAAAAUGGUUCAGAGAACACCAUCGCUCAGCCAAUGAUCCGCGCAUCAAGUACAAGAAAAGUGGAAGUGAGGAGAGUGCCACUGAAAUAGCUAUGUGGAAACAUCUCAUAGCUAAAGACGACUAA